AUGGCUAGUGUUGGGGAGGGCCAGACCUACCACCACGCGAUCCCAAACGUGGCGCACCGCCGCCUCACGCCCGUGUCCGCCCCCGUGCACUCGGCCUUCCGCGUGCGCCCGUCCGUCAUCAUCGCGGCCAUCGACCGCAUCAACCACAAGCUGCGCCCGUCGCUCGCCUACCAGCCGGCGGAGGACUUCCUCAACGACCGCUCCGUCGUGUCGUUCGAUGACGAGACGCGCUCCAUCCGCGCCCAGACCAACGCGCUGCUGAAGCGCAUCCACGCGCCGCUGCCGCGCGUCAGCAAGCCGCUGCCCGUCGUCUUCAGCACGCAACUUCUUAAGCACUAG